UUGCUUUUGACAUUUCUUGUUUCAACAUUGGCAAGAAUUUAAAUUCAUAUUAUUAUUUUUAUUCUUGUGACAAAGUUUACGAUUAAAAAAAAAAAUCUCAAUAAAUUUACAAAAUUAAUAUGGUUCUCCUAACACUAGUCAGAUCAACAACCAAACGUGUUCCUUUGAUUAAAUUCCGCAAAGGUGGCUUAGGUCAAAAGGGUCCAGGAGCAGGUUCUUCGGCAAGUAGUACAAAACCCUCGGCUAGCCAAUCGAGAGGGCCCGCUAUCGAAGAUUGGGAAUUACCACCUAGAUUCAGGAGGAAACCAAUAAGUGAAAUCGAAAUGGAUUACAUCAAUCGUGGGGGUCCAGCCUGAAAAAAAUCGAAAACCAUACAAUAGCAAUGCAGAAAUUUAAUUAAUUAAUAAAUUAUUAAUGAAAUCAAA